AUGCGUGUGCACACAUGCCAGCCGUGCAUCGAUGCGUGUAACACACACAGAGCUGAUCCCCUGCCCCCCACGCAGGGCUGGCUGGGAGCGCUGGCGCUGCUGAGCGCCGUGGUGCUGUGCUGCUGCCUGCGCCGUCCUGCCGUCCCCACGCAUCACCACCCCCACGUGCGCUGCUACGGCACGGCGGAGCUGCGGGAUGGAGAGGCCCCCGCACACCUCCUGGGCCGCAGCCUGCGCUGGGAGCAGCACGUGCCAGUGCAGUUGGUGCCCCAGAUCGAGGCCGCCCAACGGCGACGGAGACGCAGAGAGCAUUCCUGCCCCACGCUGCAGCUCCGUGCAGGGCUGCACAGUGAGCCCCACGAGAGAUCCAUCUCACCGUGGCGGUACCGCAUCGACGAGGACGAGGACCGCUACCCACGCAAGCUGGCCUUCGCCGAGUGCCUGUGCACCGGCUGCGUGGAUGUGAAGACAGGCAGGGAGACGACGGCGCUCAACUCGGUGCUCAUCCACCAGACCAUGAUGGUGCUGCGCCGCAAGCCCUGCCCGCGUCCCUCCAGCCCCGGCCUCAUCACCUUCGAGGUGGAUUACAUCCGUGUGCCUGUGGGCUGCACCUGCGUCCUGCCCCGCACCGGCCGCUGA